UUAUUGCUUACACUGUGUGUAAACUGUGAUUUUACUCUAUGUUCAAACUGUUGAUACUUUAAUCGUUGAUAUAUAUACACAUCAUAUAUAAUAUCGGAGGUAGCAGGUAUACCUCCCUGUCCUAUAUCCCCUCUAUUCCGUGCGCAUACUGUGUAUACCAAUCGUACAGCAUCGAGAAAAGAAUGAAAUAAAAUGUUCGCCUUUGCAAAGUUCUGGCAAACAGAUCUGACCCGUGACUGCCUUCUUGAGGUCCUGGAUAAGGCAUCCUUGGCGAAUCUGCGUCUUGCAUGUCGCGCAUUUAGCUCACCGUCCGCGCGGUACCUGUUUGGCGAAAUGGAGAUUUCAUUUCGAAGCAGCACAUUCACCAAGCCCGCGCGCAUGGCGGCGUUGGAGCGAAUUGGCCAAAACGUCAGGACGCUGACGUUUCGUCUGCCACAUACUGCAGAGACGUUUCUUCCACCGUUAGUCGAUCCGGCUACAGGUGAGGAGCAUGUAUUCGUGUAUACCCCUCAAUAUCGACAUAGCCCCCGUACUUCUGGUGCGAGUUCCGGCUCGGGCGAUAAACCGCCCAAGUAUGGCAGCUGGGAAAUGAUGGAUCUUCUGGUCAAGCAGUAUCCCCCGCUGUUCCACGCUGCCACAAAUGUACAGUCAUUUGUUCGCGCAUUGGACUGCAUGCCGGCGCUGCGACAUCUGAAGAUUGCCUGUGACGAGGAAGUCCCCGCACAUCGGUAUCGACGGAGUGUUGUCGACUUUGCGCUCAUCUCGCUGCGUAUCGCGAUUGAGCAAGCCCAGCAGCUCGACAAUCUAGAACGCUUGUCCCUGUUGCCCAUUCACCCUGCCGGGAUCCUGUACCUGCGUCCAGCGAUCAUGGGCAUAGGUAUAUCACCAAGCGGGCGCAAAAGAUGGAAGCAAAUCAAGCAACUGAGCAUCCAGAUGGAAAGCUUUCCAUAUGAGGAUGGCCACGCGACCGACCAGCUGAAGGUUCUACAUUCUUAUCUUCAGAGUUUCCCUAACCUUCGUAGCUUUGUGUUUCACUGGACUGGGCCGCGAAAGGGUCCCUGCCCGCUCUCACUAGCAACGGAGCCGGCCUUGCGUGAUGAGCGAUCUCCGAGCCAGAAUGCAUGCCCGAGGAGACAUGCACAGUGCACAUUGCGGCCGGUGAAGUUUGAGCAUCUGCAAUAUAUGGAGCUCGCAAACACUGUGCUCGACGCAUUGCAGGUCUCUGAUUUCAUCAGGGAGCAUCGAGAGACGCUCGGGGAGUUUGAAUUUGAGGACGUUAGUCUUCGCAGUGGCAGCUGGGAUGAUGCCUUCGCGCCGUUGAGCAAGAUAUCGGGACGAGGCGAAUGGAAAGACAAGGAUCUGUCGUGCUUGAUCGAAAGUAUGGAAGUCCCCAUUAUGCUCGUGAACAACCCUCUUGAUCGGACAACGUCGUCGUCAUCGGCGGACUGCUCGCCGACUUCAUCUCCGAAGAAGAAGAAGAGGCGAAAGAAGAGACGAAAGAACCAUGCCCCCGAUAUCAAUAGCUCCCUGUUCGCGUCCACCGCUGCGUUGCUCUGGGAGGAGCAGGAGCAGCGACACGUGCGACUGCGAGCGCUGCGUGAGGGCGUCAGUCAGUUGGCGCGCGCCAAGGUCAAGACCGACCAUAUGAAGAAGCUUCUGCCGUCGAUGUUCUGGCGAUGUGGUUAGAUACAUUGUACACGCUCUUUACAUGCAUUCUUUCUUGGUGUUGAUUGCAUUCUUUUCAUUUGUGUUGAUUGUGGUGCAUUUGGCACUAGUCGAGAUUGGCUGGGGAGGGUCACGCAUGAUGCUGUAACUACGAGAUAUGAGAUAUGAGAUAUGACUCGUUAUGUGAUAUGCAAUAAUU